CCGUGAUGCUUCCUCUCUCAAUAAGACGACUAUCAUCCCCCACUUCAUGCUCAAGGCAUAACCGUUGAACAUAAUUGGUCACAAUUCUAACUUCUGACAGAAAGCCACCCCUGACUGAUGAUCUCCACUUGAUCCUCCGCAGAUCACCCCCAAUAGUUCCAGAAACAUUACCCUUUCUUCCCCACCCCCAACACGCGCGUAACCAUCUUGUCACCCUCCUUCUACCUACUCCGAAUACUGUGGUUUGGUCUGGACCAGGAUAUGAUUAUAACUCUUAUCCGCUUCACGUGAACGCGCACCACAGAAGCAUAUAAAUGCCCCUACCAGCCUACCUCUGUCCCAUCCAUCACACAUCGAUUCCACCCAACCCCACUACUCUACUCAUAAAAAUCAUUCUCUAAACAAACCAAACCACAAAGUCAAAUUCUCCACAAUGAAGUUCUCCAUCUUCGCUACUCUCGCCUUCCUCGGCCUUGCUCUUGCCUCACCCGCCGCGAACUCCGCGAGCAGCACUGAUACUCUUCCCUCCGGCGCAACCUGCAACAAGGACGGAAGCAUGGGCAACUGUCAAAGUGGACUCUGCGUGCAAGAGGAGAACGCCAGCACUGGAACUUGCCAGUAAAUUAGCCAUUGAGUUGCUUGAACCGGGGGGUUACCACCUAGCGAUAGGAGGAUGUACAUAUUGCUG